CAUCUUAAGAAACUCAAGAAGAAGAAUCCAAAAGAAGAAGACUUAAAAUUUGAGAGAUGGAGCACAGAAAGUCAUAUGUGCUUGUCGCUCUCUUCGCAUUUCUCCUCUUGACCGACAUUGUCAUUGCUGCCAGCGAUGGCGGCAAUGGCAACGGUAACAACGGGCAAGGUGGACAAGUAGACAAGGGUAACGGAGGUUAUGAUGGUAAAGGCAAAGGUAACGGUAACGGUAACGGUAACGGUAACGGCCCAAAGGACAAGGAGAAGAAGGAUAAGGACAAGAAGGACAAGGAAAGGAAGGAGAAAGAGAAGAAGGAUAAGGAGGAAAAAGCAAAGAAGGACAAGGAGAGGAAGGAAAAGGAGAAGAAGGAAAAAGAGAGGAAGGAGAAAGAGAAGAGGGACAAGGAGCAGAGCGAAGCAGCUGCUAGAUACAGGAUGCUUCCACCAUAUCCUACAGGACAAGAGCAGGCCAUGUGUCAAGGUCGGGGUGCAUGUUAUUACAAGACUCUCGUUUGUCCUGGUGAAUGUCCCAAGAGGAAGCCCACCAAGAACAGAAACACUAAAGGUUGCUUCAUUGAUUGCACCAGCAAAUGCGAAGCUACAUGCAAAUGGAGAAAAACUAACUGUAACGGCUACGGUUCUCUCUGCUACGACCCUAGAUUUGUUGGAGGAGACGGUAGAAUGUUCUAUUUCCAUGGAUCCAAAGGAGGAAACUUUGCGAUCGUUUCAGACAACAACCUCCAUAUCAACGCUCAUUUCAUCGGUACAAGACCCGUUGGAAGAACCAGAGACUUCACAUGGGUUCAAGCCCUAAACGUCAUGUUCGAAAGCCACAAGCUCGUGAUCACAGCCAAUAAAGUGACUCAAUGGGAUGAAAACACCGACGCCUUUACCAUCAGAUACAACGACCAACUCAUCACACUACCUGAAGAUGAACAAUCCGAAUGGAGGGCAAAUUCAGGACAAAGAGAGAUCGUCAUCGAAAGAACCGACGAGAGAAACAGCGUGAGAGUACUUGUCUCUGGUCUUGUUCAGAUGGACAUCAAAGUGAGGCCUAUAGGGAAAGAAGAAGACAGAGUUCACAACUACCAGUUGCCUCAGGAUGAUGCUUUUGCCCAUCUUGAGACUCAGUUCAAGUUCUUAGACCUAAGCGAGCUCGUUGAGGGUGUUUUGGGGAAAACCUACCGUCCUGAUUACGUUAGCACGGCCAAGACUGGUGUCCCAAUGCCUGUGAUGGGAGGAGAAGACAAGUACCAAACGCCUUCUCUGUUCUCACCUACUUGCAGACUCUGCAGGUUUAAGCCUCAAGAACAACCACUCUCUGCUGAUAUCUAAUGAGAAGAAAGAUAAGUAUGGAAAACUUCUAUCAUUUUUAUUAAGUUCAUGCAAAAUUCAUAUUUUAUAUGUUUUGUUUGAAAAAUAUUUAUAUUCAUGAAAAGUAAUGUAAUAAAGAGCCAAGAAAAUAUUUGGCUAGUUUCCGAUGUGUUUUUGAGGGUUUAAGAAAUGUAAGACGUUUCUUGCGCCAGAAGCAAACCCUUGAUUUCUGAA